AUGGCUCAACCUUUGACCGAAAGCCCUAACUACGCGAAAUGGAGUACUACGAGUCUGAUUAACCGUAUCACAGAGCUAGAGAGUCAAUUAAGGGAUCAGAAAAAUCAAACGACCACCCAAGCCAUUUCCUCCGCAACAAAUGUUCUACCUAUACCAGCAGUACCCGGAACAAAUGAGCUUGAACCGAAAAUAUAUAGAGACAUCGAUCCCUCGAAAUACCAUACUCGCCACAUCGCGCUAAAGUUCGCCUAUCUCGGUCAGCGAUACAACGGGUUUGAGCAUACGAAUGGGAAUAAAACCCCAUUGCCAACAAUCGAGGAAGAAAUAUGGAAGGCCCUUCGUCAAGCGCGUUUCAUAUUUCCUGCAUCGUUAAUGGAGGACGACGUUGUGCCGGGCCGCGGUUUCAAAGGGAGUCGAGUAUACACACUGGACUGGGAAGACUGCCAGUAUUCAAAGUGUGGACGGACUGAUAAAGGUGUCAGCGCCUUUGGACAGGUUAUUGGGGUCAGGGUUCGGAGUGCACGUCCAAAAAGGGAGCCGAAAACUACGGCUAGUUCAGUAGAGACUGCUACUGGUACAAAAGGAGUAUCAAUUAAUUCUACUAAGAAUAUCACACCGCCUCAAAGUGCUGAUAUUAAAGAGUCUGAUGCAGGUGAUGAGGUGGACGAUAACUGGGACGAUAUUCGAGACGAAUUGCCAUAUGUUCAAGCACUAAACAACAUCCUACCGCCUGAUAUCCGUGUGCUGGCCUGGUGCCCUCAUCCGCCCGCGGAUUUUGAUGCCCGUUUCUCAUGCCGUGAACGACAGUACCGGUACUUCUUUACACAACCGGCUUUCUCUCCCACCCCAGGAAACCUUGGUUUUAUUCGUAGUGCCGCGCAACAUCGAGGAAUAGCCAAAAAGAAACUCCGAGAGGGCUGGCUGGAUAUCGAAGCUAUGCGCGAAGCCUGCAAAUAUUUUGUAGGAACGCACGAUUUCAGAAACUUCUGCAAAGUCGAUACUAGCAAGCAGAUUACAAAUUUCAAGCGUUUCAUCUACCACGCAAGUAUCGAUUUGGUUGACCCAAGAUGUCACCCUCUUGGUCAUCUCGGGACGCCUGAGUUUCGCCCUUCUCAAGACAUAGCCGAAUUUAAAGACGAGAAGUCGAUAAACGAAGAUUCGCCAUCAACUCCACUAGUGUAUACAUUUACACUCCAUGGAUCGGCAUUCUUGUGGCACCAGGUUCGCCACAUGGUUGCCGUUCUGUUUUUAAUCGGCCAAGGCGUUGAGUCGCCUUCUAUCAUCCCGGAACUGUUGGACGUAUCAAAGAACCCACGUAAACCGACGUAUGAUAUGGCAUCAGAUGCACCGCUUGUUUUGUGGGACUGUGUUUUCUCGGACCAGCAAAGCGGUAGUAGGGAGGAUGCAUUACAAUGGGUAUACUGUGGUGACCCUAGGCAAAGUAAUCCGUCGCCUGGGAAAGGUGAUAACAAAUUUGGCCCACUUGGGUUAGUUGACAACCUGUGGUCACUAUGGAGCCAGCGUAAGAUGGAUGAAAUUCUUGCGGGAGCACUGAUGGAUCUGGUCGUUAGCCAGGGCGAGACCAAUUUUAUCCAGAACGAGCCUCCAAAGAAAACAUCUAAGAGUCAGAAAAUUUUUAAUGGAGGCAAUGAGGGGAAACUCGGCGGCGUAUAUGUGCCUAUAAUGCAAAAGCCGAAAACAGACACAGUGGAAGUGCAGAAUGCAAGGUACAGUUCGACGGCAAAGUAUAUUGCGUUUCAGGAGCGAAAGGCAGCGAAGUUGAAAGAGCAAGAUCAAGAGAACGGAUCAGAAUAG